AUGUUCUCCAAGACCAUCAUCCUCGCCCUCUUCGCCUCCUCGGCCACCUUCGCCGCCUCGAUCCAGCAGAGGCAGCUCAACCCCAGCGUCCAGCUCUGCUCCAACAAGAACUUCAACGAUUGCCUCAAUUCUCUACAACUUGAGGGUGCCGGAAGGCUGAACGACAAGGUCAGCUCGCUCAAGGCAAACGGCCAUAACUGCAUCUUCUACAAGUAA